AUGCCUCAAAACGAGUACAUUGAACAACACAUCAAGCAGCAUGGUAGAAGGCUCGAUCACGAGGAGAGAAAGAGAAAAAAGGAGGCCAGAGAGGGCCACCGUGUGGCUAAGGAUGCCCAAAACUUGAAGGGUUGGAGAGGUAAGCAAUUCGCUAAGAAGAGGUACAGCGAAAAGGUUGCCAUGAAGAAGAAGAUCAAGGCCCAUCAAGAGUCCAAGGUUAAAGGACCUUCUACUCCAAAGCAAGACGAUGGAGAGGCUCUUCCAACAUAUUUGUUGGAUCGUGAGACGAACAACACUGCCAAGGCUAUUUCUUCAAGUAUCAAGCAGAAACGUAUGGAGAAGGCCGAUAAAUUUUCGGUGCCUUUGCCUAAGGUUAGAGGUAUUUCUGAGGAAGAAAUGUUCAAGGUGAUUAAAACCGGAAAGUCCAAGACCAAGUCGUGGAAGAGAAUGAUCACAAAGCAUACGUUUGUUGGAGAAGGGUUCACGCGUAGACCCGUCAAAAUGGAGAGAAUCAUUCGUCCAUCUGCUCUCAGACAAAAGAAGGCCAAUGUUACACAUCCUGAAUUGGCAGUCACUGUCUUCUUGCCUAUUCUCGGGGUCAAGAAGAACCCACAAUCGCCAAUGUAUACUCAAUUGGGCGUUUUAACCAAAGGUACGAUUAUCGAAGUCAAUGUUUCUGAGUUGGGUUUGGUCACUGCCGGAGGAAAAGUUGUGUGGGGUAAGUAUGCCCAGAUCACCAAUGAGCCUGAUAGAGACGGUUGUGUGAAUGCCGUUUUGUUAGUGUAA